AUGAACAGAAAGAGACCGAGGACUGCAGAGAAGGAACUGCAGACACCGAGGACUGUAGAGGAGGAGCUGCAGACACCGAGGACUGCAGAGGAGGAGCUGCAGACACCGAGGACUGCAGAGGAGGAGCUGCAGACACCGAGGACUGUAGAGGAGGAGCUGCAGACACCGAGGACUGUAGAGGAGGAGCUGCAGACACCGAGGACUGUAGAGGAGGAGCUGCAGACACCAAGGACUGUAGAGGAGGAGCUGCAGACACCGAGGACUGCACAGGAGGAGCUGCAGACACCGAGCACUGCUGAGGAGGAGCUGCAGACACCGAGGACUGUAGAGGAGGAGCUGCAGACACCGAGGACUGCUGAGGAGGAGCUGCAGACACCGAGGACUGCACAGGAGGAGCUGCAGACACCGAGGACUGUAGAGGAGGAGCUGCAGACACCGAGCACUGCUGAGGAGGAGCUGCAGACACCGAGGACUGCACAGGAGGAGCUGCAGACACCGAGAACUGCUGAGGAGGAGCUGCAGACACCGAGGACUAGGGAGGGGAGCGACCCGGGGGAGAGGGCCCAGAGGGAGGGGAGCGACCCGGGGGAGGGGAGCGACCCGGGGGAGAGGGCCCAGAGGGAGGGGAGCGACCCGGGGGAGAGGGCCCAGAGGGAGGGGAGCGACCCGGGGGAGAGGGCCCAGAGGGAGGGGAGCGACCCGGGGGAGAGGGCCCAGAGGGAGGGGGGCGACCAGAGGGAGAGGGCCCAGAGGGAGGGGAGCGACCCGGGGGAGAGGGCCCAGAGGGAGGGGAACGACCCGGGGGAGAGGGCCCAGAGGGAGGGGAACGACCCGGGGGAGAGGGCCCAGAGGGAGGGGAGCGACCCAGGGGAGAGGGCCCAGAGGGAGGGGAGCGACCCGGGGGAGAGGGCCCAGAGGGAGGGGAGCGACCCGGGGGAGAGGGCCCAGAGGGAGGGGAGCGACCAGGUGGAUACCAGGUCAUCACAGAAGAGGAGAGAGGAGGAGACGGACCAGAAGAGGAGAGAGAAGGAGACGGACCAGAAGAGGAGAGAGAAGGAGACGGACCAGGAGAGGAGAGAGGAGGAGACGGACCAGAAGAGGAGAGAGAAGGAGACGGACCAGGAGAGGAGAGAGGAGGAGACGGACCAGAAGAGGAGAGAGGAGGAGACGGACCAGAAGAGGAGAGAGGAGGAGACGGACCAGGAGGAGAGGAGAGAGGAGGAGACGGACCAGAAGAGGAGAGAGGAGGAGACGGACCAGAAGAGGAGAGAGGAGGAGACGGAUCAGAAGAGGAGAAAGGAGGAGACGGACCAGGAGAGGAGAGAGGAGGAGACGGACCAGGAGGAGAGGAGAGAGGAGGAGACGGACCAGGAGAGGAGAGAGGAGGAGACGGACCAGGAGAGGAGAGAGGAGGAGACGGACCAGGAGAGGAGAGAGGAGGAGACGGACCAGGAGAGGAGAGAGGAGGAGACGGACCAGGAGAGGAGAGAGGAGGAGAGGGAGCAGGAGAAAUGA